AUGACCGACGACGACGGGUUUGAGGCCCUUCUGGAGCCAUUCUACAAUGGCAAGAAGCUCACCGAUCCUAUUUCCACCAAGGAGGACAAGUACCAACUCCUGCCCGCCUUCUUGAAGGUCAAAGGUCUUGUCAAACAGCAUAUCGACUCCUACAACUACUUCAUCGACCAUGACAUCAAGGAAAUCGUCAAGGCGAAUCGCAUCAUUCGCAGCGAGGUCGACAGUGGCUUCUACCUCGAGUUCCUCGACAUCCGAAUAGGCAUGCCCACCCGCGGGGACGCCGGCCAGUCCUUCAAAGCCAAGAACCAUGUCACCCCAAUGGAGUGCAGACUUAGGGACAUGACAUACGCUGCCCCGAUCAUCAUCGAUAUUGCCUACAUCCGAGACAGGAAGAAGAUUAUCCGGAGGAAUGUCCCUCUUGCUCGCAUGCCCAUCAUGCUCAAGAGCUCGAAAUGCGUCUUGGCCGGGGCCACCAACCACAAGAUGGAGCUCAUGAACGAGUGCCCCUUGGACCCGGGUGGUUACUUCAUCAUCGGCGGGACGGAAAAGGUCAUUCUGAUCCAGGAGCAGCUCAGCAAGAACCGAGUAAUUGUCGAGGCCGACGACAAGAAGGAACUUAUCCAGGCAUCAGUCACGAGUUCAACACACGAGAGGAAGUCCAAGACAUAUGUCAUAUUGAAAAAGGACAGGAUCAUUCUGAGGCACAAUGUGCUUAUGGAGGACAUUCCCAUUGCCAUUAUCCUGAAAGCACUGGGUGGUCUCUCAGACUACGAGGUUAUGCAGCUUGUGGCCGGAUCCGAUGGCCGCUACCAGGACGAUUUCGCCCUCAACUUCGAUGAGGCGACCCGCGUUGGUGUGUUCACACAGCAGCAAGCACUCGAGUACAUUGGCGCUCGCGUCAGGAUGGGAUCCAAAGGCAAGCCACAGUUCGGUCCUGCGCCUCGACGCAACAAUGUUGAAGAAGGACUCGACGCGCUAGCCAACAUUAUCCUUGCCCAUGUCUCUAUCGAGGGUCUCGAUUUCUACCCCAAGGCUAUUUACAUCGCAAUGAUGACCCGGAGGGUGCUGAUGGCUUCUCAUGACCCGAAGUUGGUCGACGACCGUGACUUUGUGGGUAACAAGCGGCUUGAGCUGGCUGGGCAAAUGCUUUCACUUCUCUUCGAAGAUCUUUUCAAGAGUUUCCUCACGAAUUUGAGGAUGAACAUCGACAAAGUGCUUAAGAAGCCAAACAAAGCUAUUCCAUUCGACCCAUUGACCUCGAUCAGCGGCACAGGUGGUCACAUCACCCAGGGUAUGAACCGGGCAAUCCAGUCUGGCAAUUGGAGCGUCAAGCGGUUUAACAUGAACCGAGCGGGAGUCACUCACGUCUUGAGUCGACUAAGUUACAUUGCUGCGCUGGGAAUGAUGACUCGAAUCACAAGUCAAUUUGAAAAGACACGUAAGGUGUCUGGGCCCAGAGCUCUCCAGCCUUCGCAAUGGGGCAUGUUGUGUACUUCAGACACUCCUGAAGGCGAGGCUUGUGGUCUGGUCAAGAACUUGGCUUUGAUGACGCAUAUCACGACCGAGGUAGACGAAAAGCCCGUCAAGAAGUUCAUCCUUACUGUCGAUUCGAAUGUGGAACCUAUACGGAACUUUUCUGGUUCGGAGAUGCACCAGGCCGGCGCAUACAUCAUAUCCAUUAACGGAACACCAUUCGCCCUGACACACUAUCCGAAGCGGUUCGCCUCCAAGUUCAGGACCAUGCGCCGUCGUGGAUGGAUCAAUCCGUUUGUGAGCAUCAACACCAACUCUCAUUUCAACACCAUUUUCAUCGCUACAGACGAAGGACGGGUUUGCCGGCCGUAUAUCAUUGUAAAGAACGGCGUGUCAAAGUUGCUGCCGGAACACCUCAGAUUGCUGCAGCAGGGCAAAGUAGGCUUUGACGACUUUCUCCGAAAAGGGGUCGUUGAGUACCUAGACGUGAACGAGGAGAAUGAUGCUCUCAUUGCCCUUUACGAAUCAGACAUCACGCGGAUCACAACUCACGUCGAGAUUGAGCCAUUUACCAUCCUCGGGGCCGUGGCUGGCCUCAUUCCCUUUCCCCAUCACAAUCAGUCGCCCCGAAACACAUAUCAAUGUGCUAUGGGUAAACAAGCUAUCGGAGCUAUUGCCUACAAUCAAUUCAACCGGAUCGACACCCUACUUUACACCUUGGUGUACCCCCAGCGGCCCAUGGUCAUCUCGAAGACAAUCGAGCUUACCAGUUAUGACAAACUUCCGGCCGGCCACAAUGCAACGGUGGUCGUCAUGUCCUAUUCCGGCUACGAUAUAGAAGAUGCGUUGGUCCUCAAUAAGGCAUCAUGCGACAGAGGUUUCGGGCGGUGUCAGGUCUUCCGCAAAUAUGCUGCGGAGCUUCAGAGAUACCCUAAUGGGGCGUCCGAAAGGAUCGGCCAGCCCGAGACGGAUCCUAUGACGAAGCAGAAGAUUGCCAAACACGAGGUUCUUGACAAUGAUGGACUUGCCAGAGUGGGCUGGCAAAUCCACAAUGGCGAGACGAUGGUUAAGAAGGAAACCCCCUUGGAUACCGGAACAAGUAUAGGCGGGGACAAGAGUUCCAAUGAGUACCGGGACACCUCCAUGGCCUACCGGAUUCCCGACCCAGCUUAUAUCGACAAGGUCAUGGUCACACAAACCGAGAGGGAGACGGUUUUGGUGAAAGUUCAGACCAGGCAAACCCGUCGUCCUGAGCUUGGUGACAAGUUCUCCUCUCGGCACGGGCAAAAGGGUGUCGUUGGCAUCAUUGUCGACCAGGAAGACCUUCCGUUCAGCGACAAAGGCUUGGUUCCGGACAUAAUCAUGAACCCCCACGGUUUCCCAUCCCGUAUGACAGUAGGCAAGCUCCUCGAAUGCCUCACUGGAAAGGCGUCCAUUGUACAUGGCCGAAAGAAGUACGGCUACGGCGACGCUUUCCGAUCGCACCCUGUCGAGGAGGUGAGCAAGGUCCUGGUUGACCAUGGAUUCUCCUGGGAGGGCAAGGACUACUUCACGUCUGGCAUCACAGGUGAGCCUCUCGAGGCAUACAUCUUCAACGGUCCCAUCUACUACCAACGCCUAAAGCACAUGGUGCAAGACAAGAUGCACUCUCGGGCAAGGGGACCCCGUGCGAUCCUGACGAGGCAGCCUACCGAGGGUCGUUCGCGCGAUGGUGGUCUGCGUCUAGGAGAAAUGGAGCGCGACUGCUUGAUCGCAUACGGCGCGUCGCAACUUCUUCUGGAGAGACUGAUGCACAGCUCCGACGGCACGAGUGUGGACAUCUGCCAGCGCUGCGGGCUCUUCGGGUACAAGGGAUACUGCCAGACCUGCAAGAGCACGAGGGAGGUGACGGCAAUGACGAUGCCGUACGCUGCAAAGCUGCUUGUACAAGAGUUGAUAUCGAUGAAUGUUGGGGUGAGGCUGCAAAUGGAGGACGAAUUCCCUCACCCGAGAUGA